ACAGUGCAGUUAGAAAGACGAUUAUACCAAAUAUCAUUUGCCAGUAAGUAGCCUACUGUACAUUUAUAUUGCACGAAGUCCCAAGACACAUCGCAUCGAAUAUAUAAAUUAGAUUUGACACCGUAAUCAUUACUUGAAAAUUGGGAUUUAAAUCAACAUUUGAAAGCGGUGCAAGAUCACAAGGGCAGACAGCACAUCUCAAGGGCCUGCAAGUCCUCAGUCUUCAUUUGGGACAAUUUUGAUGAUUAUUAUUAUUAUCUGAAAAAUCUCUCUACAACAUGACAAUAAUCGAUCGUGGUACUGGCUGCAUCAGAUAUUGUUGUUGAUGUCACAGUUCCCCCGCACACGCUGUGGCGUCGCAUGCCAUACAAUCGCUAGCAACAUCUCAUCUCAUCUGCGAUUGGCUCGCGUGUGUUAGUCGCGAGUCAGCAGUGAGCCGCCGGUCCGCUGGAAUGUACAAUUGACCUCACAGUAGCGAUUUCGGCCUAGCUUACGAUCUGUUGAUAAUUCAUGGUAUCUACUGGCAUCCUACGAGUCUGACGAAAUACACAACGUCUGUUGCAGUUUUGUUUGGAUCAUACAUGAAUAAAAGGUAGUGUGUUCAUCAUGCUGAAGUCGAGAAAAACGUGCAAUAUAGGUCUAUGGAUUCUGUGUUUGUUCCUACAACACACUGUCUCUCAAAAUCCAUCAUUAAAACUAGGGGCUGUAUUCAAAGACGGAGAUAAUGGUACGGAUGAAGAGUUUAUGUUCCAAUACGCAAUUAACAAAACAAGCAUUGAAGGGGAUACGAUUUACCUCCAGCCAGAUGAGAACAUAUUAGACUUUAAAGAAAAGGUGUGUUUAGAACAUAAAGGAGGGAUGAUCUCUUUGAUCGGACCGUCGACAUCGUACAACGCAUUUAAAGUGAAAACAGUGUGCAGUUCGUUAGGAAUACCAUAUAUUGAUACAAAAUGGGCACCGUACCGAUCUGAGAAACAAUUAAUUUUAAACAUGAUGCCCGACAAUAAUCUCUUCAGUAAAGCAAUCCUAGAUUUGAUAGAGUUCUACGAUUGGACCACGCUGACGUUACUUUAUGAAGACGAUGCAGGUCUAAUGAAAUUCAAAGAACUGUUCGAAAGCGCUUCCGAAAUUGGAAUUAACAUUAUGCUAAGUCGACUAGUUGGUGAAUAUGAGGUUGUUUUAAAAAACGUUAAAAAAAUGAGUACGAUUUCAAACGUUAUCAUAGAUUGCAGGCAGGAAUCAUUAGAACAUAUUUUAACUAAGAUGAAUGAAAACAAAAUGUUUGAAUACUACCACCUGAUAUUUACGUCACUCGAUUUUCACAUAUUUUCGAGUAUAAUUGAAGGUAUUACGACAGUAGAAUUUAAAGUGACGUCACUUCAAAUGUUUGACCUCAAUGAAGAGCCUGUGCGUGACUUACAAAAUAGUUUGAACGAUGCACGGAGCAUAUUUGACUUGACGAUUCAAUCUGCUCUGAUCUACGAUGCUGUAAAUUUAGUUGGUCGCGCGCUCAAUUACAGCAGUGCACAGGGCAAGGAUAUCAAGAAAAUCAAAAACCUGGACUGUGAUUUGAUAGUUACAAACCAAACGUGGCGCCACGGAACCAAAAUGUUUAACGCGUUGAAAAAGGCAGCAGGAUACAAUGGCAUAACAGGGAAGCUGAGCUUCAACGGAAACGGAAUGAGAGAAGAUGUGAAACUGUACAUCUACGAAUAUACACAAACGGGUAAAAACAUGAUCGGUACUUGGAACAAAACAGAUGGUUUCGCGAAAAGAGAAGUCAAAAUUAUUGAAAAACCAAAUAUUAAGAAAAUAUUACGGAUAACAUCUGUCCUGGCAAAGCCGUUCGUGAUGUUAAAAGAUACGACAGAGAGCCAAGGUCGCAUGUACGAAGGCUUUUGUAUUGAACUGCUUAACUAUCUGGCACAAAUGAUGGACUUUGAAUACAAACUUACGCUAGUCGAGGAUGGUAUGUAUGGCACAUUGGUCAAUGCUGAUACAAACGAGUGGAAUGGAAUGGUUAAAGAACUCAUUGAUAAGAAAGCGGAUCUUGCGGUAGCACCUUUGACUAUUAAUCUUGCACGAGAGAAGGUAAUAGGUUUUUCGAAACCCUACAUGUAUCUCGGUUUGAGUAUCCUAUACAACAUCCACGAAGCAAAGAGUCCCGGUAUAUUUUCCUUCCUCAACCCCUUAUCUUUCGACGUCUGGUUGUAUAUCUUAAUAGCGUUUCUGAGCGUCAGCAUAAUGCUAUUUUUGGUGGCACGAUUUAGUCCGUACGAAUGGUACAACUCUCACCCGUGCAAUCCAGAGUGCGACGUCGUAGAGAAUCAAUUCACGUUUCUCAACUGCAUGUGGUUCUCUUUUGGAGGAAUAAUGCAGCAGGGAUCUGAAUUAACACCAAAGGCGUUUUCGACACGGGCACUAAGCGGCUUUUAUUGGUUUUUCUCUUUAAUUCUUUUAUGCUCGUAUACUGCGAAUUUGGCGGCAUUUCUGACUGUGAACCGGAUGACAUCACCAAUUCAGAACGCCGAUGAUCUUGCCAGACAGACGGCAAUAGAGUACGGAACAUUAUCAAGUGGCGCCACGCAGUUAUUCUUUAAGAGAUCAAGUAUUCCUACGUUCGAAAAAAUGUGGCAGUUUAUGUCGAACAAGCCAGAAGUAUUCGUAGACAGAGAGGAAGACGGAGUCAAUCGUGUGCUUAGCGACGAAGAAGACUACGCGUUCCUUAUGGAAUCCACAGCUACUGAAUAUUACAUUUCACAAUACUGUCGAAAUCUGACAAGAAUCGGUGGUCUAUUAAACACAAUUAGUUAUGGAAUAGGAACGCCACUCGGGUCACAUCUUCGGGACAGGGUCACACAAUCUAUUCUUCAACUUCAAGAAAACGGUACCCUGAUAGAGAUGGAAAAUAAAUGGUGGCAUAAGGGCAGCUAUAAAAAAGAUUCCUGCAAAGCCUAUGAAAUUGGUGACGACGACAACCGCCUGGGUUACGAGAACAUUGGCGGCGUGUUCGUUGUGCUUGUUAUUGGUAUUGCGUUCAGUCUCUUCGCUGUCGUCUCUGAGUUCCUCUGGAAAAGUCGACAGUACGCGGAAAUUGAAAAGCGAUCUAUGUGUCAGGAGAUGCGGUCUUCUAUGUGGUUUGCGAUGAAUUGUAAACAAAACCAAAGGAGAAAGCGUCUGGACUCAAACAUCGAUAGGGAUCAUAAGAUAAUAAAUCCCUUCACCACGUCAGUUAGAUGACUCAGAUGAAUCCACUCAACAAGGUUUCUAUUUUUUUAAACAAAACUCAAGACUUUAUAAAUGAACGUCUACAGAAUCUGUGGAACUACUUUAACGAGAAGAAAGAUAACAUGUUCUACGUAUGAAGAAAGAUAUUAAAUCAAUAAGUGUCACAAUUCAGUUAAUUUAACAAUCAAUCAAUCAAUUAAAUAAUUUAUCUAUUGAUGAACAGAAUUACUGAGCCGCAGGCCCGUAGGCAGUGGGGGUGCAGAGGAUGCGGACGCACCCCCCCCCCCCAAUUCCAAAAGGUCCACUUUUAAAAACCUAUGAUUUCACAAAAUCCGUUCCUAAUUAUCACAAAAUGCUAUAGCAUGCAUUGCAUUAUUUGCCAGC